AUGACGGACUUCAGGAGCAGCGACAAGACUGAGUUCAAAGGGUUGCGCCGGGCUUCCUUUGCUCGUGCCCUCCACGUGCCUGCCAUAGGCCGACGGAAACACAUUGAGAUCGUGGAAAAUUCCAACCGCAAUGCUUCCCCCAGCGUAAAAAAUACCGAGAAGGAGCCCCAGCGCACCCCCAGCCCCAAUCCAGUGACGGUCUCUAUUGCUUCUCGAGGAACCGAGUCCAAUGACGGGGGUGAAGGCGCGGAGAUUCCGGAUAUACCCCUUCGAAGGUCUCACGUGAAGCGCGUCAGCGCCGACCACAGCAGCUCAUCGCUGGGCACCUUGGAGCGAAUGUUGACCACGGGCGCGACGCCGGAUGUGGCCAAUGGUCACCACUUCAGCCCUAUCAAUCCCAACGCAAUCAUGUCUAGCGGCGACAAGAGCCUGCCCGAUGUUCCAGAGGCAUCAUCCGCAUCAACGAUCAGACCAGAGGCUGAUUCGUAUCUCGAAUCUGUGCGUGAGACGCGCUCGGCCCCUGAGUCCACCAUCGGCUCAGCUGUGUCGCCCUUCCCGUACCCGAGGAGCGCCCAAGAUGGAUCGACCAUCGAACCGUCCAUAACCUCAGUCUCAUUGCACACCGAUUUCACAUCGCCCCUACCUGCUCUGCAAACAAGAGGCGCCGACGAAGCGUGCGAUGCUCUUGAGCCGCUGGCCGAGGAGGACGUGGAGCCGGGCAGUUUUGACCUUGUCAUACCGGCGACGAACCUCACCGUCUACAAUCUCGAAAGGCGAUCGGAGCUUCUCUUCUCAGUGGAUCAUCUGCGCAUCAUUUUUGGUGAUCCUGUCUUUUUGCAAAGAUUUCUGAACUUCAUCAGCAUCUACCGGCCCCAGUCAAUACCUCUGCUACGCUACUAUCUUGAAGCGUUGAAGGCAAUAAGGGCGCUCGAGUGGAUCAACAGCAUGAUUUCGGGUACUUUGAGGCUAGAUGGAUACGACUUUGCUUCCAAGUUGGAACCAACGACCAACAAGUCUUUGCUGCAGAAGGCGGAGGAAGCCUGCGAGAGGCUCGCGAGGGACGAGCUCCCUGCUUAUAUCACCCAUGUUUGGACGGAAUUUGUUGAGACGUCGAUGCGGAGACGCAUCACUGGUACAUUGCCGGCGCAUUUGCAUGACAUGAGCGACGGUCUUGCUGAGGUCUUUUGUAUCACUGACCCGUCGCGGCCCGACAACCCGAUCGUUUUUACUUCGGAAGAAUUCCAUCGCAUGACUCAAUAUGGCCUUGACUAUGUCAUUGGAAGGAACUGUCGCUUCCUCCAAGGCCCCAAAACGAACCCCUUCGCCGUCCAGCGGAUCCGUGAGAAGCUUGAUCAGGGAAAGCAGCAUUACGAGACAUUCCUGAACUACAGACGGGAUGGCUCGCCUUUCAUGAACCUUCUUAUGUGUGCGCCCUUGAUGGACUCCACAGGUAUCGUGCGAUACUUCCUAGGGGCCCAGGUGGAUGUCUCAGGGCUGGCGAAAGACUGCUCUGGGCUGGAGUCCCUGCGAAGGCUGGUUGACAAGGAUGAGGAGGGAAAGCAUGGGGCCGGAACCCAAGACAACGACGGCGAUGCAGCUUCCAGAGUAGACAGUGGCACCGAUGUGGACGCGGCCACUCCUCUUGGUGUUCCUUUGGCUAGAGAUGCUGAAUUGGGUGAGAAGGACCAUUUCCGGCUUCUGUGCGAGAUAUUCAACCGCCAGGAACUCGAGAGCGUCCGUCGUUACGGUGGGCGGAUGCACAGGUCCCAACAAGAACAGAUCCAGCACGAGUCGACCUCGAACUGGGCCAAGGGCCGUGUCAUAAUCCACGACAAUGAGAGCUCGCCACCCGGCACGCCCCGGCGGCAGAACAACUCGGAGGUUCACGAUUUCACGGGAAACAUCACCAUCUCCCCGCGAGCCACCUCCCCGCCCCUAACGGCCGCUCCGGUCGCCCCGGUUCCCGCGGUCCCCACGACCCUCCACGGCCCACGGGUGCCCACAAUCUACGAGCACUUCCUCGUCGUGCGGCCGUACCCCUCUCUCAAGAUCUUGUUCGCGUCGCCGUCCCUGCGCGUUCCCGGGAUCCUGCAGAGCCACCUGAUGGGCAGGAUCGGCGGCUCGAAGCGCAUCCACGAGGAGCUCGAGCAGGCCUUCGCGCUGGGCCAGGGGGUGACGGCCAAGGUGCGGUGGAUCUCGGGCGGGGUGCGGAGCGACAGCAGCAGCGGCAGCAGCAGCCUCGAGAACGGAGGCAAGGAGGGCCGGCCGCGCUGGAUCCACUGCACCCCGCUGAUCGGGUCCAACGGGUCGGUCGGCGUGUGGAUGGUCGUCGUCGUCGACGAGGACGCAGACGGCGGCAACGGCGGGAGCCGCCUGCGCAGGGACGCGCCGACCGUCAGUGGGCCGCGGGCCAGGGGUGACAGGCGCAAGAACCACGACAGCCUGCUCGCGCUGGAUACCAUGUCGCUCAACGACUUCGCCGCUAUGAACAGCCUCCCGCAGGACGAGGACCUGAGGCAGCACGUCAGGCACAUGUAUGAGGAGACGAGGCGACGGGAGAGGGCCGCGGCGGCCGCGGACACCUGGGAUAGGAAGUGGUCCGACUCGAGGGACGGGGACAGGGAGACUAUCAGGGUGAAGGAGACGCCUACCUCCGGGUCUGGGUCCUGGAGGGGCAGGGUGGAGGAGCUGCGGAAGGUUGCCUACAGCCGGAGCCGGAGCAGCUCGCCGUUCACUCUCAAGAUUGAUGAUUGA